AUGGCGUCCGCCGGCAAGAAAAUUGAACGUCCAGUUAUGGAUAAUCCUUUCCUCAACAUUAAAGUAAACCCGGACGGAUCAGUUAAAAGAGAUCCUGAAACCCGAAAUCCUGCAAAUCCAGAUCCUAACGUCGCCGGUGCUGUUCUCAGCAAGGACCUACCCCUUGAUGCGAACAAGAAAACCUGGCUCCGCCUUUACAUUCCCCGGCAAGUAGAAAUCCCUUCAUCUUCCAGCAAAUUGCCGGUGAUUAUAUACUACCAUGGGGGAGGAUUUGUCUUCUGCAACGCAGAUUCUGCUGUUUAUGAUGUUUUUUGCAAAGGGCUUGUGGAAAAAGUUGGUGUAAUGGUGAUUUCAUUGGAUUAUCGUUUGGCACCGGAACAUCGGCUUCCGGCGGCGUAUGAAGACGCCAUGGACGGACUGUACUGGAUUAAAUCAGUGAAAGAUGAGUGGCUGAGUCAAUACGCCGAUUUAAGUAACUGUUUCUUGUGUGGAACGAGUGCAGGUGGAAACCUAGCUUACCAUGCCGGAUUAAUGGCGGCUGCAGCGGCUAUGAAGCUCCGACCCGUGAAAAUUAACGGGCUAAUCCUUCACCACCCGUAUUUCAGUGGAACAAAACGAACCGAGUCGGAGGAGAAUCUGAAGAAUGACCCUCUUUUGCCUCUUUAUUCUAUUGAUCAGAUGUUUGAUUUGUCCUUGCCAGAAGGAGCUGAUCAUGAUCAUGAAUAUUGUAACCCGUUGGUGAAUGGAGGAUCAAAGAAUAUUGAUUUGAUGAAGGCCAUGGGCUGGCGGGUUCUGGUUACGGGUUGUUUUGAUGAUCCGUUGAUGGAUGCUGGUUUGGAGUGUGCCAAGAUGUUGGAAGGGAAAGGGAUGCAGACAGUGAAGUUCUUUAGUGAUGGGUACCAUGGCAUGGAGGUUUUUGAUGCAUCCAUGUCUGGCCCUCUCUACGAUUUCAUAAAAGAUUUCGUACAAUGUCGAUCGAACGAGUAA